UAAGCUUAUUUCUUCACACAACACAUACAUACAUAUAUUGAAAACAAAAUAGUGAUAAUCUUAAACCAAAAAAAAAUAGUGAUAAUCAUCAUGGCUAAAUUUACUUCCAUCAUCACUCUUAUCUUCGCUGCUCUUGUUCUCUUUGCUGCUUUUGAAGCCCCGUCAAUGGUGGAAGCGCAGAAGUUGUGUGAGAGGCCGAGUGGGACAUGGUCAGGAGUUUGCGGAAACAAUAAUGCUUGCAAGAAUCAAUGCAUUAACCUUGAGGGAGCACGACAUGGAUCUUGCAACUAUGUCUUCCCAGCUCACAAGUGUAUUUGUUACUUCCCAUGUUAAUCUCCCAAAUAUAUACUUCCCAAGUAUGUUAAUCCCCCAAAAAUCUUUGGUGCUUAAACGUGUGUAUUUUACAUAAAAAUAAGUCAGUGUCACUCUAUGAGUGAAUUUAUGACAUACAUGUGUUAUGUUUUCAAGUUUAGUUUGACUUUGUUGACUUAAUAUAUAAUAUAAAUAUUUCGUGUA